AGGCCAGAGCUAGUUCACGGAGGCUGAGCCCAGAGGCCCAGGGGCCCCCAGCCAGCCCCUGUAGCCUCCUGCGCUUGUGCGGAGCAUCCAGAGCAUCUCAGAUACAGAGGAAUCUUUGCAGCCUGCUCUUCUGGGACUCUGUCCACACCCCCUGGCACCAUGAAGCUCCAAGUAUUCUGGACUGGACUGGAGUAUACCUGCCGGCUAUUGGGCAUCACCACGGCUGCAGUGCUGAUUGGAGUGGGCACUGAGACCUUCCUCCGGGGGCGGUUCAAAAGCCUGGCCUUCUAUCUGCUGUUUACAGGAGUCACCAUCUCUGUGUGUGAAGGGACCUACUUUGUGGCUCAACUGUUGGCCAUCUGCUUCAAGUGUCAGCCGGGGUCUCUGGCACACAGAGCAAAGGAGAAGGCCCACUGGCUGGGCUGCUUCCAGAAGUUCCUCGCCUACAUGCUGCUGUCAGUGGCCUGUUUCCUCCACCCUGUUCUGGUCUGGCAUGUGACCAUACCAGGCUCCAUGCUAAUCAUCACUGGCCUGGCCUACUUCCUGCUGAGCAAACGGAAGAAAAAAAAGGCUGCCCCAGAGGUGAUGCCCCCCUCGGAGCAGUACAGGGACCCUUCCAGCAGCAUUGUGAGUACCACAGGCUCUGGGGACACUGAGCAAACCUAUACUUUCCACGAGGCCUUCAAGGAGGGGCCCGGCUCAUUCCUCAUCCACAUGAAGAGCAUCCUGAAGGGGACCAAGAAGCCACGUGUCCUGCAGGCCCAAGACACCCUAAUGGAACUGGCGCUGGAGCCAGCUGACUCCUUGGCCAAGAAAAAGCAGGUACACUUUGAAGACAGUGUGGUCAGAAUCAUCCCAUCGCUCACUGAAGGUCUAGGUGAUAGUGACAGUGGGCCAGAGGAAACCAGUUCUGACACAACCCCCAUCAUCCCUCCCUCCCAGACCCCACUCUUUCUGCCUUCUCUCAUGGCCGCUGACCUGUUCUGAGCUUCUCAGCUAGAGGUCUACAGAUGGACGGACCUGCCAGAAGAUUCCUAAUAGUCACAGUUCCUGCAGGGAACUCAGGGUCUCUGUUGGUCAGCUGCUCACACCCUCGUGGUGUCUGGGCACUCAGAACAGUGACAUAGUGUACCAAGUGUACCAAGACUGUGGUGACCUCCCGCAAGGCACAAAUGAAGCUUUGCCAUGUGGCAUCAACACAAGCUCCUUCUUGGCAAGGGGUAGUGAAAGAGACCAUGGCUUCAUUCUCCACGAGGCUGCUGACCCAACUUUCUAAGCCCUGAAGAAACAGAAAACAUGAGUUCACCCUUGCACCCAACAAAGGGUUCAGCCUUCAGUAAGAACUCUAUGGGACAUUUUGCUUGUGAUUAAGCCUACUGGUGCCAAAGGCCAAGGGCUAUACUGGCAGCAGAAUCGAGAUUGCUCAGAGGACAUAUGAGAAAGGAAGACUCGGAUCUCAGUUGAGAACAGCCUGGCAGUGGGCUACAUUCUCAGCAUACUCUGGGACUGGGCUGGGCAGCAGGCAUUUCAGAAUCUCCCAGGAAAACAAUACCACUCUGUGCUCACUGCCAGACAAGCUGACCAGAAGAGCAUCUCUCAUUCCAGAAGGCUAGCUCAGAGCUUCCUGCCCUCCCCUCGUUUAACCCCCAU